GCCGUUCGUGAUCAAAAAGGCACCAAGUAAGGAAACUAUGGAUUAGAGGUGUGAAAAGGUUUCUAUGAAACCAUGUGCACUUAGAAAAAUGUCGCGCCUCAAAAGGCUGCAAUCUCUGGUGGUGGACGUAUACUCCCGUAGGUAGCAGUUAUCGAUAACGAUGCUGUUAUUAGCAGAAGCUGGGCGCACUUUAAACAAAGAUUUGACGAGCCUCUUUCGGCACAACCUUCAAACCCCGCGCGUUCUCGACCGGCUGGUUCACGAGCUUCACAGUGACAAAGAGCUAUGCAGUUACUUGUUUUUAAAUCACCCUGGCUCAGAAGACAUGCUGUGGGGCCUUAUGAACCUCUUGAUGGAAGAUUCACGAACUGCUGGUAAUGCAUCAUUUGUGAUUGGAACACUGGCUGAGACAGAUCUGGGUAAAAGAAGAAUAGUUCAGAUAUGCACAGACAAAGGUGACCAAGCCAAGAAAAUUUUGCCGGCACUCACUAACAUGUUAGACAUGGCUGAUACAGAAACUGUCAUGAAUGCUGCAGGAACCAUGGGAACAUUGGCAGAAGAUGGGGAUUGUCGUAUGUGGAUGCUGCGUGAGGACUGCUUGGAUGAAGCCAUGAUCAAACUAACAAACCUUCUAUCUUCCAAAGACAUGUGUACAGCUAGUAAUGCUGCCUUGGUGUUAGCCAGGCUUACAAUAGCUGAAGAAGGCUGUGCCAGGAUUUUGAACCAUCGUAGUUCAAGUCAUACGUUGGUGCAGCUGUGUGGAGCUUUAGGAUCUGAUGAGACAGGUAGAGGGAUGAAUGCAGCCUUUGCCAUUGGGAGACUUUGUGACUUUGAAGCUGGAUGCAAAAGAAUGUUAUCUUUGAAAACAUCCAACCUAAUGAUCAACUCUCUCAUUGACAUGCUACACUCUGCUGACUCUGGGUGCUGCAAGAAUGCUUGCUUUGCAUUAAGCUGCAUUGCAUCCUUAGUUCAAGGACAUCAGCGCCUGCUGAAAAAUGAAAAGAUUAAUAGCAUUGUUGAUGUUCUUUGCUCUCUCUUGACUGUAACUGAUGAAGAAAGCAUCUGGUUUGCAUCAAUGCUGUUGCACACCUUUGCCUGUCAAAAAAGUGGAUGUUUGUAUCUCAGAACUCAGCCUAAUGUGAGAGAGUCGUUAGAGGUUCUCUUAGAAAGGCCAAGUCUGAAAGAGGAUACUAAGGAGGAGGUGGAAGCGACUCUGGCCAUUUUAGAAAAACUUCCCCAACCUAAACCACCUAAUAUAAAAGUGGAGAGUGCCAACAGUAUUAUUGUGAGCUGGGAUCAUAUCAGUCCAAAAAGUGGUCUUGAUGUCACAUACCUUCUUUUCCAAGAUGAAAAAUUGGUUUACUCUGGUCCAAGAACGAAUUACAUAGCUAAUGAUCUGACACCAAACACAAAGUACAGCUUCUAUUUACAAGCCUCAACAGAAGGGGAUGACAGUCCUGCCAGCAAGAAUGUGACUGUUGUAACUCCUGAAUCAGUUCCAAGUGCACCUCAGUCCCUCAGAGUAUUAAACAAAUCCACAUCACAGAUAAAGAUCAUGUGGGAACCACCAGAAACUUCCAAUGGAGUACUGAAGGGUUAUCAAAUUGUUGUGAGAGGUAAGACAUCCAGUCUUGAAGUUCAUGAGAAUUACUUCAUUUUAUCCAGCUUGCCUCCUGACACUGAAUUUACAUUCCAGGUGGGGGGGCUGACAAGCAAGGGACGAGGAGAAGCAGCCAUUCUAACAACAGCCACUGAUGACCUAGCGUCGCAUGCCCCACCCAAGCCCAUGGUACAGGUGUUGGGUCGUCGGGGGGGGAUGAUAUCUUGGGAGAAUCCUCCUAGGCCACUUGGUAGGAUUAACAGCUAUGAAGUCAGAGUAGAUGAUGUGGCAAUUUACAAUGGAGUCGAAAAGAGCUGCACUGCCAAAUCUCUUAAACCCAAUACAGAAUACUCAAUCACAGUCAGCGCAUGGUGGGGGGGGGGUAGGUGUGAAAGUGUCCCAACCAAGAAAAGGACAGGAAGAGAAGUAUACACUCCUACCAGAAAGCCUUUGUAUCCAUUUGAAAAGAAAACUUUACCAGUUAAGCAAGAAAAGGCUCUACGGAGAGCGAGGACUGCCGGGGGGGUGAGAGUUCCAACAGGAGACAGUUCAACCUCAGUGGACAGAGGGGGGGCAAAAGUCAAGAGAAAAGGGGUAAACGUUUAUUGA